GGAUGCUUCCCACACUAAGUUCCUUGGCUCGUAGCCAGAGAAGACGCCUCUGAAUGAGCCGGAACUCUUGAACAUUCAUUCCACCCACCUUGUCACCUCUCAACAGAAGCAAUCCAUCAUCAUAUCAUGCCCCCGCGAGCACGGAAGAGAAAAGCAUCUGCUACGGGUGAGUUGCGAUACGAUCACGAGUUCACCUACAGAAGCUAAAAGCACAUGAGAGAGCAACGGUACCGAAGAUGCACCUCCCAGGAAGACAACCAGGGCUCCAAGGAAAUCAGGUGCGAGGGGAACAAAUCAACGCAGAGACAAGAAUUUCAUGCGCGCAACAAACGCUUCUUCCAACAAGAGGCGAAAGGUCUUCUCUGCUGAAGCCAAGAGCCAGAUCAAGAAACACGGUGCCGACUUUGUGAAGUUCAUCAAUAAGGAGACCAAUACACGGAUUCCUCGAAUUAGCGUCGAUAUAUUUAAGAAAGAUAUCUCUCCAGAUCUUGCAGGCGUUCUUCCCUGGAUGAGUUCUUCGUCGGCUCUCCAGAGACAGGGCACCCAAACUUACCCGAGGAUGAUUCUCAAAGCACUCGACAAUUUACAGCGUGACGUCAGGACUUACGAAGACCUGGUCAAACAAGACAACAAGAUCCGACCACCUGACUGGAUGCGCUGGCAACAAGAUACCAAAGACCUGGAGGAGAUGAGCAAGCACGGUCUUGCGAUGGCUUCAAAGAUGAUCAAUCAUUUUAUUAUGCCUGAUUUACACGAACUUCCUCCCAAGCCUUCUGAGGGCGCCGGCGGAGUUGAGCAUGUAGCAUGGGAUCUGAUUGAGGAGGUUCUACCAAAGAUGUCUGAUGAUAUAUGGGGAAAGAUUGCGCAGGGUCAUCUGAAGGCGUUUACUGAGGUCUUGAAAGCACUAUCAGCUGAAGAUGAAGAGUGAGUGAUUUUACUACAUUGAUGAUCAAUUGUAAUGGCUUGGGAGAGAUCAUAUGAAAACCUUACUUAUAUCUGGGAGUGCAGCACCAAAGACAUGAAACGAAUUGAGUAGUAUUACACAGUUUUAUGAAGACAUGUCUUCAAUUACUGUAAAUCUGCCUACCAAUUGCCGAUGACUUACCC